CAACGGUUACUCUGGUUGUGAUAAGUGUCUUCAAAAUGGUAGAUGGUUAAACAAGAUGACAUUCCCAGAAACAAAAGCACCUCUAAGAACUGAUCUUCAAUUUGAUGAAAUGGCUGAUGAAGAGCAUCAUUUAUUCAGAUCACCACUGAAUCAAUUAUCAAUAGGUAUGGUUACCCAGUUUCCACUUGAUUAUAUGCAUUUGGUCUGCCUAGGUGUCAUGAAAAAAACUGUUGUUUUUAUGGAUGAAGGGUCCCGUUUCUGUAGGAUGUAGAAUUGGAGCAACUGCAAUAAACAAACUGUCAGAUAAGCUAACUCUGUAUUCAAAAUACAUCCCAAGGGAGUUCUGUAGAAAAGGGAGAUCUCUCAGGGAAAUAGACAGAUGGAAAGCAACAGAAUAUAGAUUAUUCUUAUUAUAUACUGGGCCGGUUGCCCUAAAUGAUAUUUUGUGCAAUGCCGUGUACUUAAAUUUUCUGCUUCUUUUUGUCGGUAUUACCUGUUUAGCAACCCCGCUACUAGUUCCAAAUUAUUGCGAUUAUGCCAAAGACAAUUUGUGUCUUUUUGUUGAACAUUUUUCGCGUCUUUAUGGCAAUGAUAUGGUUGUUUAUAACCUGCAUGGUUUGGUACAUCUAUCACAGGAUGUAAAAAGGUUUGGUCCCUUGGACAAUUUUUCAUCUUUUCCUUUUGAAAGCUUCUUAGGCAAAUUAAAAAAGCUACUUCGAACACCAAAGUGCCCCCUUCAGCAGAUAAUAAGACGUUUAGGUGAAAGUCAGGUACCUCUUCACAAAGGUAAACAUGUUUCUGAGAAUCAAGGUGUAAAGUUUGAACAUUCAGAUGGACCUAUUUUAUCUAAUUUAGGAUACGUGACACAAUAUAAAGAAAUCCACAUGGACCGAUUCUUUUUGUCAAAAUCAAUUGGAAAUAGCUGUGUUAGUAUUAACAAUGAAGUUGUGAUAAUAAAAAAUAUUGUACAGAAUGCAAACAAAGAUAUUUUAAUCAUAUAUGCUAAGUUCCUAUCCAAAAAAGAUUUCUUCACUUAUCCACUUAAAUCGUCUUCUAUUGGAAUUUUUAAAGUUUCACAUUUAAGUGACCAUCUGUACGUUGGGGGGGGUAUCACAAAUUCAAAAGAAAUAUGUUAUCUUACCUGAAAAAGAAUCAUUUAUUGUACUUCCUUUGCUGCAUCUAAACAUUCAGUAAAGUGUGUAUGUUGUUUCAUUGGUACAGAAAACAGUGACAUGAUACUGCUAAUUCUAUACACAACCUUUUUAACAGUAAAGAUGCUAUUCUAAUCUGUAAAUUCAAGCGACAAGUGCUUUAUAACAGGAAAUGUACCACAUAGUCAAGUUCCAAAAGACUAAUGAAGUGGGGAUUGUGCCACACACUUGGCUCCACGGAAGAGAGUACUGCUUUUGGCCCAAGUUCAAAAACAGUAACCAACUGGACAAGGGAGUGAAGACCUGCUGCCUCCCAGACAAGGAUACAUGGAAACUGUAUACCAUCACAGUCAUGUACAGUAGUGAAUCGUAUGACAAGGUGAGGAGAAAACUACCCCUGGCAACUGAUAUGUCUAACCUCGACACGGAGGCAGAGGAUGAUAGAGAGUCAAGGAAAAGAAGACCAACUGGCAGGUACUUGAGUUCUAGCUCCAGCUCAAGUGAUGAGGAGACACAAGUGGCAAAGAGCAAGGAGUCACGAGUGUCAAAGUCCUCUGUGCCCAUGCCACCUUCUCCACCUCGCCUUAGAGUUUCUCCCCAGCCGCCUUCUCCUCCUCGCCUUCCAGUCUCUCUACCUGUGGCAAUGUCUCCACCCCUACCUACACUGUCGGUCCCGACCAGCCCACGGCGAUCCCCCAGGCGACGGAUCUUACCCGAACCAUCUCCAUUGCUGUCCCGACAGGAUGUAUGGAGGCCCAGUCACUCACCAAGUUCAACAGUGGGGGGCAACUAGAGGGGAAGUUGUUGAACUUGUAAAGAUCGUGGAAUCAAAUCGAGCAGUGGCUCUUGAAAAUCAGAAGCUGCUUCACCAGGUCCUGAGAAUUCUACAGUCUGGCUCCUCGGACUUGACACCAGCUGAGGAGUUGCAUCUCCCCCCUCAAAACCAUCGAGGAACUGAGGGAAACUAAUACUUCUCUGGAGGAUUCCUCCAGAUUGAGAUCAGCGGUUGGGCAACUCGGAGUGGCAGGAGGCGUGUCAACAGGAGACACAAUACGCAGAGUUUUGUCAAUGCUAAUGACAAACUCGGUCGCCAAGCAGGUGAAUUGGGAAGG